AGUCCCUAUAAAACGAUAAAAUCUCGUCACUCCCAAAGGCCCCGGCAGAUUUGCCGGCAUAUCCCUAUCUUCUUCUUCUUCUUCAUCUGUAACUAGGGUUUCGUAUUUCAACUCAACUCCUAAACCCUAAUUACUGUACGGUGAAUUUAAUUCUCUCACAGAAGAUGGAAACCUCUCUCAGGUACGGCGGCGAUUCCAAGUCUCUUUGCAUCCGCGCCAAAGAAAAAUUGCCCGUCGGCGACAAUAUUAUCUGGGAGUCUCAUGCAGAGCUAGACACGAAAGCUGGAGCUCCGACCUUUCUAAGUUCAAUGUUGAGAUUCUACUAUCCCGAUCUAUCAACAAGCCUUGGGGUGGGAGCUCAAUACAAUAAGAAUCGUAAGAUACACUAUCAUGUACGUGGAAAACAUGCGUUUCCAGUAACUUCUGAUCGAUUGAUAAGCUUUAACAUCAAGGGACGAUGUAAUACCGAUGAGGAAUUUAAAAAGGUGAGUUACACUGGUGCUGCUGAACUUGUUUGCAACAUAUUCAAUGUGAAAAAAGACCAGGAUUUACGGGUCAAGCUUGGAUACGACCUUAUGCAGAAGUUGCCAUAUUUGCAGGUUCGGGAAAAUAAUUGGACCUUCAAUGCGGAUGGAAACUGCAAAUGGAAUGUGAGAUACGAUCUGUGAGAUCGGCCCGGCUCGACUUUCAAAAUUAUUGUUUGGGAAUGAGAUAGUUAAGCAUAGGAUUAUUUUUCCCCAUAAUUUUAUUUAGGUUAUGCUCUGCCAUUUUCUUGAGGUUUAUUAAAUCUUUAAAUAGUGUCCUCAAGAUUAUUUUUUUUUCCUAGCAAGGACAUCUUUGAACAUGACUCUAUUAUUAUUAUGUAUUUAAUUAUUUAAAACAAUUUUAUGAGAAA